GCCAAGUGUUUGCAGGUAGCAGCAGUGCAGGUAUAAAAGCUCAGGUGGCUGCCUCUUGUCUGCUCUCUGAGUGCAGGUUGGUUAUUGAAGAGCAGAGGCUAGAGCAGGAUACUGAACAGAAUGUCUGGCCGUGGCAAGAAGGUGCAGAAGGCUGCUAGUGGCAAGUCCUCCAGAUCAGCCAAGGCAGGUUUACAGUUCCCGGUCGGCCGUAUCCACAGGCUACUGAGGAAGGGAAACUACGCUGAGAGAAUUGGUUCUGGAUCUGCCAUCUACCUGGCCGCCACUCUGGAGUACCUGUGCGCUGAGGUGUUGGAAUUGGCAGGAAAUGCUGCCAGGGACAACAAGAAAUCCAGGAUCUUGCCAAGGCACAUCCAGCUGGCAGUGAGGAAUGAUGAUGAACUGGCCAAGCUGUUUGAUGGCGUCACCAUCGCUGAUGGAGGAGUCCUGCCCAACAUCCAAUCUGCCCUGCUGCCAAAGAAAACUUCCAAAGGCUCUGCCUCUCAGGAACCUAAAGUUGCUGAAUCUCAGGAGUUUUAAAGGAUUUAACACAUUUUAUGUUCACUUAAACAUUUUAAUAUUUGUAACUUAUUCAUCUAACUUGAGUUAAUGAUGUAAAUACUUAUGUGGUGUGUGUAUAUUAUACAUAGUUUUCAAAUAAAGAGAUUUUGGCUUUACUUCCAA